AUGGCUGACAUCGUGUUAAAGCUAAAAGCUCCUAAUCAGGAAAAGUCGGUUACGGUUAAGGACAGUGGGACUGUAAAGGAAUUACGGGAAGAAGCUGCGAAGGUAUUUGAGGUGACUCCACCGCGCGUCUGCUUAAUCUAUGCCGGGAAAAUUCUUAAAGAUGAACACACACUUUCCCAGCACAAGCUCCAGGAUGGGUUAACGGUGCAUGUUGUCAUUAAGAAACCAGCGGGACAGGCUGCCUCAACGUCUACGCCCGGAGUAGGCUCAUCGCAGCAGUCAACGAGACCAGGUGCUGACUUUGGCUCGCUUUCUGCCACUGCGGCUAGGAUCCUCAGCAAUUCGGAUAACUCCCCAAAUAGUUUUGCUGCAAUGCAGCAGACGAUGCAGCAGCAAGUAAUGCGUAAUCCAGAGUUGCUUCGGAGCAUGAUGGAAAGUCCGCUUGUGCAGUCGCUCAUGAGUAAUCCGGAAAUGAUGCGAGGAAUCAUGCAGUCUAAUCCGCAAAUACGCGAACUGAUGGAGGCAAGUUUUUUUUUGCGUAACCCUGAAUUAAAUCAGAUGCUUUCCAACCCGGAUGUCUUGCGCCAGUCGAUGGAGAUUGCUUCGAAUCCAGCCAUGUUGCAGGAGAUGAUGCGGUCGUUUGAUCGCGCUGUUCUCAACUUGGAGUCGAUUCCGGGCGGGAACAGUCACCUGCAACGGAUCUACGAAAACGUUCAAGAGCCCAUGUUUAAUGCUCUGCAGGGUGGCGACUCAAACAAUCCCUUUGCCGACCUUGCGGGCACUACUCCUCGUCAGGCCGCUCCAACAAAUGAGCCAAUGCCUAACCCAUGGGCACCGCAGCAGGCAGAAUCUGCACCAACUGGCAGAAGUGGCGCCGACACGGCUCCUCCACCUCACCCUCCAAGCACCACGACGAAUGCCCCCACAACAGCCAUAGGCGGAGUACCUUUCAACCCAGAUACCAUGUCCACAGCCUUCCAGACACCCUACGUCCGCCAGUUGUUUGAGGCCAUGUUGUCCAGCCCCGAGACGAUAGAGGUGCUUUUAUCGGCAAAUCCGGUUUGGGGAGCUGCCAACCAUGACCCCGCAACAAGGGAACAACUUAGGCGCAUGCUGCCGCAACUCUCUGCACAAAUGAGCCAACCUGGUUUCCUCAGUAUGCUCUCCAACCCACGUGCUCUCAGAGCAAUAGCUCAGAUUCAGGAGGGUCUGCGCACUCUACAGACGGAGGCGCCUGAUGUGUUCUCCGGCCUGACGACCAUCGCUCCACCAACUGGUGGUUCUGGCGCUGCAUCCGCUGCCGCCGCCCCUGCCACCACUGCAGCGCCGACCACGGGAGGCACCGACGCGACCACCACCACCACCGCCGCACCUGCCCCCGCCACCCCAUCUCUCGGCAACGUGGAAUUGGCCUCUCUGAUGGCAAGUCUGCUGAAUGUCGCCGCCAGCACCAGUGGCACACAGGCUCAGGCGGGAGGUGGAGGCGGGUCUGUACCGAGUCCAGCUCCUCAAGUCCCGCCGGAGGAAAGGUACGCGUCGCAGCUGCAGAUCCUCGCUAGUAUGGGCUUCACGAACCGUGCCGCCAAUCUACAAGCACUAAUCGCCACCUUCGGCGAUGUUUCCGCAGCAGUCGAACGACUACUGGACGUUAUUGAUUUCAACCGAUCCCCACCUCGGCAGCUGCAGCUUGAUCGUCCGAGAGCUUGUACACACAAUCUUGCUGUUUCGUUUUCUACUAACUCACCACCACCACUACUAGUUGCCCAUUUUGUCCCCCCCUCCGCUCCACCCAACCUCUCCCGCUUCACGCAACGGCUCGAAUGCAAGGGGGUCUACGCACUAUACAGGGGAAAGGGGCCAAAUGUAUUUUUAAGCUUAACAACCAUCGCUCUACCAGCUGGUAGUUCUGGCGCUGCAUCCGACAUCACCGCCACUGCCACUACCACAGCGUCAUGCACGGGAGGCACCGUAGCGACCGCUAGCGCAGCUACCUCCGCCACCUCGUCUGUCAGCAACGUGGAAUUGGUCUCUCUGAUGGCGAUUGUACACCCUUCUCCCUUUUCCAAAUUCUGCGCUCAUCUCAUGCUGCUGCACCAGUCGGGAGGGGGAGGCUGGUCUGUGGCGAGUAUUGAUCCUCAAGCCCCGCCGGAGGAAAGGUACGCGGCGCAGCUCCAGAUUCUCGCUAGUCUGGGCUCCACAAACCGAGAAGCCAAUCUACAAGCUUUAAUCGCCACCUUCGGCGAUGUUAACGCGGCAGUCGAACGACUUCUGGCUAAUGGGCAACUGAACUAG